UGUAUUGACCAAAGCGAUGACAAGGAGAGGGGCCAUCAGUGGCGGCCGAUGUCAGAUGUCUAUCAGCAUGCUUCAAGUGUUGUGGUCUGGCUUGGUCUAGAUGAAGGCAAUAGUAGGAAAGCAAUGGACUUCCCAAAUGAAAUCGGCGCUUUCGCAUACGACCCACACUGGGAUGGAUUGCGGCAGAUACUCAAGCGCUCCUAUUCGAGUAGACUCUGGGUUAUUCAAGAGCUUGUUGUUACGGAU